GGGGAGGAAGCAUGCUCUCUGAUAUAUUUUUUUUAAUCUUUGGUUUAAUAUGCCAGGGAGGCAGUACAGCAUAAGAUUCAAACUCCCUGAUUGAUGAAUUCCUGAAUGCUUUUUGUGAGCAAGUGAGCUCAGAGCAUUCAUUGCUGGUGAAGCAAGUCAGUGGCUCUGCAGAGAGGGUGCAACAAAAAAUAAUCUGCCCAGGGCAAGGCUGGAGAGGAAAGGGGGAAACAAGAGAUUGGUGGGGGUGGGGGUGGGUGAAAGACUCAGAGUAAGGGAAGUUGCAACAGCUAGAAAGAGGAGGAAGUGGGAGAGCUGCUGUUUCCUGUAGACAGAAUGAUGAUUGAAGACAAAGCUGGGUGUGGACUGGUAUCUCAGAGCUGCUGCUUAUACAGCUGCUGAGCUUGGAUUCUCCUGCACAUUCAACCUAUUUUAAGAAGAGAAGAGGGAAUAUCUGUCCUCAGCCCACUGAACAAGUGUAAACGAAAAUCACAACUAGAAGUCCAAUGGCAAGCAACAACACUGCAAGCAUAGCACAAGCUAGGAAAAUGGUUGAACAGCUGAAAAUGGAAGCCAAUAUCGAUAGAAUAAAGGUGUCCAAAGCAGCUUCAGAUUUGAUGGUGUACUGUGAAGCUCACUCUAAGGAAGAUCCUCUACUGACACCGGUUCCAGCAUCAGAAAAUCCCUUCAGAGAGAAGAAGUUCUUCUGUGCUAUUCUGUAAAGGGCAGAUGGGCCUGAAAAGCAGGCUGUUUCGAACAGUGAUGUAGAAUUUUACCAAUGUGGACACAUUCCUGUCUGCAGAAUUUUUAACAAAGCCUGGAAGCUACAGGGAUUGUGCAUGUCUAAGGAUCUUGUCACCUUAUCGGGAAUGGAAGCAGAAGAACUACAUCAUGAAAACAGAGAUUUUAAAACAGCUUAGAACGAAACAGUGUAGAGAUAAUGUGUCACAUUUUUGCUCUUGCAAAGGGCAUAAGUUAUGUUUGAUAGUUUGAUGUGUGAAGUAUGACAGUUGUUCUAAGCAAGGUAAAUAACUGAGGAGUUGUAUAAUUUUGUUGGAAUGAUAAUCGUUGUUCUUCAAUAUAAUUUUUAUUUAAGUUAAAUGGACAAGUAUUGAAACAAGGUAGAUUACUGUGGUGUUGUACCUUAACAUUUGGUUAUGUGCUUUUUGCAUUAGAGUAGCACAAUGAAAUGCUGGACUUUGCUUUGAGAGCUGAACUGCGAGGAAAGGAAAUGUUACUAAUAAGCAUCUGGCUAAUGAUACGUCAUUUGCGAAUCACAAAAAGCUGCCAGAUUGUGUAAUUUCUUAGAUUCUUAUUAGUGCUUGUCUAACAUUUUGUGUUUAGUAGCUUACAAUUUCAGCUAGUAUUAGUAAUUCAUGUGCUGUGAUUAGUGAUACUCAUACUUGUUACACAAGAAGCAAACUGCAUGAAAACAUUCCAACCCAUUGUCCUUUUAUGAGUUAUUUUGAAAUUGUGUGAUGUAAAUAUACAAACGUUAAGAUUUUCAUUUCAGAUCCUAACUGCUGAUGAAGCACAGCCUAUUUCUUGAAGGUCAUGUUCUCUUACUAAUGCUUGUGAACACUAUAAGAUAUAAUAUCUGUCAUUUAUUAAAUCAUUCUUAAGAUGUUUACAUCACCUUAAAUAUUGUAAAAAAAUAAUGUUUUAUUGGAAACAAAACCUGCAUGCAAACAAGAGUACAUAGACAUACAUGGCAGCGUUUGAAAAGCUUUGAUCACCGGUUUUUGGCAAAUAUCUUUGUAUACAAAGUACUGCAAAUACAACACAACUGCUAAAGGCGUUUCUCUUAGUUCAUUGGAUUUUAGAUGGAAAAAAUAAUCAUUUAGGAACUCUUUAAAAAAAAUCUCUUGAUGCAAUAGUUGUGUGUAUCUUUUUUAUCCAACUGAAACAGCAGAAAGGGUUAUUAAUUAGCCAGUGUAAUACGCAGAUGGGCAAGCAGGUCUCAACUUCCCGGGAUGGUCAGACGAUUUUACCUCAGGCUAUUUCACCGUCUUUUAACGAACCCUUUUGAUAUUUUCAGAUGUGUAUUUUUACUCUAUUGAUAAUUUUAUUAGAUCUGCAUGUGCUACCCACUGCCACUACACUGCCAAACAAGCCCUCUGCUUCAUUUUCGAUCCCGUAGACAGCAGUGAUUUUACCAUCGCAUUGGCACACGCCAGCACAAAAAGGGGUGGGGUUACCGUCAAACAAAGCAAAAUACAAUUGCAUUGAAAAACAUUUGCCAUUAUUCACUUUAUAAAAUGAGAAAGAUUGACAUGUAUGACUAUGGAUUGUUGAGUCUUAACUUUUCCGUAAACCUGUGUUCAUGGCAGCAGUGAGUGGUAGUGGCUAUGAGUCCGCCAGGAAUGCUUUAUAUAUGAUAGCAAGAAUAAAAGGGAUGUGUGAAUUUUCUUAAACUGAGUACAUUGUAGAAAUGUGUAUCGUAUUUCUGGUUGUACACCCUUGUCAGCUUUGAAUAGGGAAACCUGGAACGAAGUAUUGAUGUCAUGCACAUUUUCAUGCCAUGUAAACAGUGUAUCAGUUUUAAAUAAAACCUUCAAACUGUUUCAAUUGUA